UCAUCCGUUUCUCCUGACUUGUAGAAAGGGACUCUGCUUUGUUAGCUGGUUGGGCAGACUUGAAGAGAGACAGAACCGCAUUCAUGCACUAGAUAAUAAUAGAAAAAUGAUCAUCUGUACGAAAAAAAUGGAUUAUCCCCUCGGACAUCAAUGUCAGCGCGUUCAAAAACAGGUGUUGAAGGUGAACGUUGAAAAGGAGCGGGCGUCGUUGCUGUACAUGAAGGCUCUGGCCAACAGGGGGAGUGUGGACGCUGUGUGGCAGCAGAUGGCCUCUCACCCACAGUACCUGGAGAGCUUCCUCAGAACACAGCACUACAUCCUGCACAUGGACGGACCACUGCCCCUGCAGUACCGCCACUACAUCGCCAUCAUGGCUGCAGCGCGACAUCAUUGCAGCUACCUGGUGUCCCUGCACUCAGCCCAGUUCCUGAGGGUGGGGGGGGACCCCCAGUGGCUGCAGGGUCUAGAGGCGGCCCCCCCACGCCUGCGACACCUCGACCACAUCAACAAAGUGCUGGCCCACCAGCCCUGGCUCACAUCCUGCUCUCACAUCCAGGCCCUGCUGAAGCCAGGGGAGCAGUGCUGGUCUCUGGCUGAACUGGUGCAGGCCGUGGUGCUCCUGGCCCACUGCCACGCCCUCUGCAGCUUCGUGUUCGGCUCCGGCUCCGACGUGGAUCCCGCCCCUCUCCCCCGAGGCUCCAACGGCACGCCGCCGGGCUUCUGUCUCUCGGACGCCGCCAACGGAAACGCCAACGUGCCUGCUUCUCUCACACCGCCCUCGGGGCAGGUCACCCGGCGACGGUCCCUGGACUCCAGCAGUGAGAUGUUGUGUUUGAAAGAGAAGAUCCAGAAAUCCCAGGAGGAGAAGGAGAGGAGAGAGGAGCGACUCAUGCAACCCCAGACACCCCAACAAGCAGAUAUGGAGGAAGAGGAGGAGUUGUCGUGCUCUGCAGACCCCUCACGCUUCAUCACAGACCCUGACUUUGGCUACCAGGAGUUUGCCCGGCGAGAGGAGGACCACUUCCAAGUGUUCAGGGUGCAGGACUAUUCGUGGGAGGAUCACGGCUUCUCAUUGGUCAACCGGCUGUAUUCCGACAUCGGUCACCUGCUGGAUGACCGCUUCCGCAGCGUCACAACGCUUCCCUCUUCCCACGGCCCGGACCUGAAAAGAGCCAUCUGGAACUACAUCCACUGCAUGCUGGGGAUUAGAUAUGAUGACUAUGACUACGGGGAAGUGAAUCACCUGCUGGCCAGGGAGCUGAAGCUCUACAUCAAAGCUGUGGCCUGCUUCCCUGAUGCCACCAAGUCCCCUCUGUGCCCCCUGCCCUGGGCCAUGCUCAAACCUUCAGAAAGGAUCCAUGUGAACCUGCUGAUCAUGGAGGCCAGGCUGCAGGCGGAGCUGCUCUAUGCCCUCAGAGCCAUCACACAGUACAUGAUAGCCUAGCAGCUGGGCUCACACAAGGCCACCGUGGCCAGUGGUACAGGAAGACCAAGCUAGGAGGCUAAAGGAGGGGAAGAGGAGCAUGCAAUACUCCUCUAGCAAAUGUGCCAUUAUUUGUGGCUUAUUCUCUGUAAAAAGAAACAAAAACAAAAGAGAGAGAAUGUAUCCAUAAGAUGUAUUUGUGUGGUGAGUUUCUCACACUGCAGUGAAAGCUCCUUGCCAAAGUCAACACACUCCAAACCAUCCUACCCUGCUCCUCUCUCUCCUCGGAUGACUGGUACGCUUUCAUUCUAUAUUGUCCUCCAAAUCCAACAUCUCGGCUCAAUAUUUAAUGUGCAAUAGUAUUACUAUCAUUAUAGAUAUUAUUUUCACUUUUAUUAAUGUAUUGUUUGUCUCCAAACUUUGUUGACUGUGAUGAAAGCAGCAUCUCUGAAAUGUAGCAAGAAGUUAGUUACCUACAGCCAACACAAUACUCCCCUUUGGUUGGUCCAUCAUUCUUUUCUUCUUUCUCUUGUUUUUGUUGUUUAAAACAAACUGUUCAUCCUUUUAUUGGGUUGAAUGAAUGUUUUGGGAGAGAUGGCCAUAAGAUGUUUCGUCCAAGUCAGUGUUGGUUGAAGGUAGGUAGGUAGGUGUGUUCAGACUGUUUCACGUCAGUGCUGAAAGUUCAAGAACAAACACUGCUGUUAGAUAUCACACAACUAUAGCUCCUUUUUAAUAAGCACUUUUUAACUUUAUAUAUUUAUACAGUAGCGCAAGGUAAGCUCAGUGGUAGAGAUGCAGACCUACAAAACAUUGGUCAAAGCCUUUCUUGUCCACUGUUUGGUGUUAGACACAAAUGGCUAGAGAUGAACUGGCCUCCAUUUAGUAAACUUAGUCUCUUAUAGUCUCUCCCAGAUGUGUAGACAAUAUGUGUAGUUCUAUUGAAUAUAAUGUAUCAUACAACUUGACUUUGCCAGGAGAUGGACAUGUUUUCAGAGAACAAACCCAGACUAGUCAUGGGUGAACGGAAGUCUCAUCUUAGAUGUGUGUUACAAGUCUUUCAUUGUCAGGACUAUUCCCAAAAACUGAUUGAAACUUAAGUAUAACAUUAACUGGCACAGUUAAAAGUGAGGAAUAAGCUCAGCCAAUUUUCAAUAAUCUGUUUGUACAUGAAUGUGCUUUAGUGUAGAUCAAAGGAAAGAAUUUCCAUUUCAAGACCACUAAUCUCAACAAUCUAUAAUACAGCAGUGAUACAUUAUGGGAUAUAAAUUGAUGGUUGAGUGGUAUAAUGCCACACACACACAAAAACUACAAGAUCUGCACUUUUCCCAAACAUCUGUUAAGUGUAAAAUCCCAUUCAUGUGUAUGAUACAAUGGUAGAUGGUGGAUAUUUAGAGGGUCUAAUGUGAUUGGUGGUACAUUUAAGAUCUGAUGCAUGCUGAAAGCAGGUCUAUGUCAAUUUAUUUACUUGGUGAGUUUAUAUGAUCUGAUUUAUGGAAGGUGACAACCAAGUAUAUAUUCAUGGUACAAUUUGCAGAUCAGAACAACGUUGGUACUGCAACCUAGAUUGUUUUUGUCUUUGUUGUUUUUGUCUUUACUUUUUUAAAAUGUUUUUGUUAACUUUGCCUAUAGUACUAUGAUUGUUCAGUCCCUUUGCUAUGUUGUUUUUUGGUUCGCUGCUAAAUCCUGCUUGUUGCUCUGCAUCCUGUAAAUUGGAGAGUCGAGAGAGAUUGAAAUUACAGGAUGGGUAGAGGAGAGAAAGUGCAUAUCAACAACUGCAAAGGUGAUUUUGCGCAGGUGCCUUUAGGUCAAACCAGAGUAAUGCUUGAGUGGGUGACUAUGUACUCUGGGUUUCGUGGAUAGUCACUUUUUUGACCUGUUCUGUGGACAGUCCAGACUUGGUCGGAACAAUCCCAGAUGGACAGACGUGAGACGGGCUCUGGCUCCAGAUGGAUCUGAGCUCUUGUCUGAAGCUUUCUGUUCUGCUCACCAGCCCACGGAACUUCCCGAGAGCCACUGACACAAGAGAUGGAUGUUACAGUUGUUCAAUAUUUACCACGUAAAUGAAUGGACAGUAAAAUAAAGACAAAAAAAUGUAAAAUUGUGAAAACAGCAAAAAAAAUGUUUUUGAAAAUGUGAAAACUUAUUUUUUCUAUAAAGAUGUUCUAUCUA